CAAACUCCCAGUAUGGCGGGCCUGAGCGAAAACCCCUUCGCGUCGACGACUUCGCUGGACAAGAACCCGUUCGAGGACCCGGAGCCGCAGCCCGCCCACGCCCCGUACGAUGCGCGCAUGCAAGAGCUCGCCGCGCGCGAGCAGGAAUUGCAACGACGAGAGCAGGAACUGAACCAGCGAGCAGAAUACAUAAGGACGCAUGGACGUAAUAACUUCCCGCCAUUCUACCCCUUGGUCUACCACUCCAUACAGGAUGAAAUCCCAGAGGCUUCACGACCGCUCAUCACGCAAAUGUUUCGGCUGUGGCUGCUGCUGCUAGUAACACUGCUGGUGAAUAUGGUGGCCCUCAUAUUCGCCACAAUUGUGGGGACUGGAGAUGGCUUCAGGGACUUUGGAGUCAGUAUCAUGUAUAUCCCCGUGAUAGGCGCAUUGUCGUUCUUGACGUGGUACAGACCGAUAUAUAAUGGAUAUAUGAAAGAGCAGUCACUGUAUUACUAUGUGUACUUCUUCUUCGGAGGAUGGCAUAUUCUGUUCAGCUUGUACAUGGCCAUUGGCCUUCCAAGCACUGGCUCAGCAGGUAUCAUCCAGACGGUAAUAAUGUUUGCCCAUGGAGGCGCAGGCAUUGCAGGCGGCGUCUUGGGCGCUCUUGCUUCAGCCGGAUGGGUCAUUGAGGCCUUCGGGAGCCUAUGGUUCUUCCGACUGAUCUGGGCCCAUGGGAAGGCAGCGGGCCACAGCUUCGACAAGGCUAAAGGCGAAUUCGCCACCCAUGGCGCGAAGGCGUACUUCUCCCGGGGAUAAACAAUUUCUGUAUGUAACGACUGGAUGACACGCUUGAAUAUUUGUCUAUCGGUAGCACGUACGAUAUUUUCUUUACGAAGUAUAACUGCUGGUCGGACUCCACGCAUAUGUAAAUUCGCGCAACGGUGAUUUAUGGGGAAGGGACAUUGUGCAAUACAUGUACGUAGUCAUCGAGGGCGUAUUACAAUGUGUCAGAGCGUUUUCCAGGACGUUCUGCGGGAGUGUAU